AUGUUUCGAAUAAUAAAUGCAGAAACAAUAGAAGGUAAUCAUAUAACAGAAUGUAUCUAUGCAUUUACAGAUCCAUUUUAUCCAUCAUUUACCUUACCUCCACCUCAACCUAAUAGUCCAGGUGAUGUUCAACUUAAUAAAAAUAAUCCAAUUCGUUUUGCUAAUGGAUCAAAUUUAGCUGCUGGUCAAGGAUGCAAUAGUCGUGGAUUUUCUUACUAUGAACCGAGUCAAGAGGGAUUUCUAACUACAUAUAUCGACUCGAAUGAACAAAACACAUCAAUUACAGAUAUUAUAUAUGCUACUAAACAUGAUCAGUUAUUUGCACGUACUAUUCAAUCAAAUCAUGCUUAUUUGGCCUCAUAUCUUGCUGGAAAAUUACUCAAAAUUGAAUUAGAUUGUAACAAUGGUCUUCUUGGUUGUGCAUAUUUCACAGUUGGAGGUGAAUCAUCCAGUUCAUUACCAACAAUAGUAACAAAUGGAAUACCAAAAACACAGACUACAUUGUCAUUUAUGAUGCUUUUUGUUGGUGUUGUAUCUUUUACAAAUGUAUUUAUUCAAUGA